UCCAUUGAGAGGAGGGAGGCUCAGUGCAACAAACAGAGCAAACAAAAAUCCAUUGUUCGUUACCCAGUAACCCAACAAACACAAUGAAGCAAAAGGUGGUGAUCAAGGUUCCUGUGAAUGGCUCAAAAUCCCGCAUUAAAGCCCUCAAGAUAGCAGUUGGAAUACAAGGGGUUGAAUCGGCUUCAUUGCAAGGUGAAGAUAAGAGUCAGAUUGUUGUUGAAGGGGAGGGGAUUGAUUCAAUCACCUUGGCAGUGUCUCUGAGGAAGAGUUUGGGGUCUGCGGAGCUGGUUAGCGUUUCUGAAGUGAAGGAGAAAAAGGAGGAGAAAACUAAUACUAGCCAAUCAACAACAGCAGCCACAGUUCAGCCUGUUGAUUGGUUUCUCAGCUAUAACCAGGCUGCUUAUGUCUGUUGCCACUACAUCGGCUUGGGGGAUCGGGUCGACCUCAUUCUUGACCAUCUGCAGCGGCUUGAGAAGAAAAGCAAACAGUUGCAGGUGUGGGUGGCCUCUGCCGAGAGUAGCCCGGGCGAGACCCUCUCAUUACUGAAGGAGAAAUAG